AUGAAUGAUAAUCAAAUUAGAGCAGAAGGUAGAAGGUUAUUUAAACGCUUCUAUAACAUUCCUGAUGGUGUUAAUCCUAAAACUCGUAGAAGCUAUUUAAAUGAAGCAAUAGAUGCAUAUGAUGGGUUUGACAUUUCAUCAGAAAGUGAGAGAUUAGCGAGAAUGUUAAAUGUUAAUAUUGAUUUCUAUUAUUGCGAUCCUCAACCAGAAGAUGUGGACAUAAAUAAGGUAGACUUUCCAUUAGUGGAAUCGAUAAUGAUAGAUCCAGAAUUUGAAACAGUAAAUAUUUUAUUAACACAGAGUCCAUGUGGAAAACUUCACGCUGACAGAAUAACAGACGUUGAAGCACUCACCGGCUAUAAA